AUGGACCGCGCAAACGGGGGUGGCCCCGGCGCAGCAGCUGCUGCCAAUAGGGCAGAGCGAUUCGAGGAUGAGAAGCGCCGCAUUAUCGAAAGCUGUUUCAACAAGAAGGAUGUUGAUGGUUCCCUUCUCGAAACCUACAUUACCCAUAUCCGAAUCACCGAAUACGGCUCCUAUCCCACGACCCCUCCUCCACCUCAAGCGCGGACAGCUGAAAAUCAGAAACCUCGAAUAAUAAUCGUAGCUGUGCGCAAAUCCGGACGAGUUCGCCUACACAAAUCCAAAGAAAACCAAAAUGGUACAUUUUCGAUUGGCAAAACAUGGAAUCUCGACGACCUAACGCGCAUCGAAUCCUACACUGGCCCUGAGGCCAGGCCAGAUCAUCGCGACUGGGCUGGCGACACCGGCUUUCAAGUGACACUCGGAAAGGCCUAUUUCUGGCAUGCCCAGACGGACAAGGAGAAAAAAUUCUUUAUCGCAAGUCUUAUCAAGAUAUAUGGAAAGUACACGGGUGGAAAGACGCCGGAGCUUGCAGGAUUUGAGCAAAAGGAGUAUGAGCAGGUUAUGGGAGCUACAAGGCGACCAGCCACCGGUGGUUCCAGACCCCCUCCUCCUCCACUGUCUGAGCAAGCUACCAGCCAGAAUGCGAGCGCACCUCCUCGUCCUAUACACCCUAUGCACCCUUCGCACCAAGGCCAACAAGGAAAUCAGGGGCGCGAAGGACAACCUUCAGCUGGACCUCAAGAUGUCCCUUCAUUUAUGACACCUCCUUCUCGCCCAGGACACCCGAACCUUGGCGCUUCGCCUGUUGGAAGCUUUGAAUCAGGUGCUUCGAGGGAACGUCCGCCUCAACCUCGAUGGAUGGCCCAGAACAAUAAAAGUCAGGAUUCUGUCGCUACCUCGUUCACUGCGAGGAGCGAUGAUGGUUCUAGCUUACCACCACGGUCUCGCAAUGGUGUCAACGGACCAGGGUCAUAUGGCAGAUUUGGAGAGCCUGCUGAUAAUCGUGCACCGGCUGUCCUUACACCUCCUCAACCUCAGCCUUCGCCCAAGUCACAACCGCCAGCCAUUCUCUCACCUCCUCAGGGUCCUCCACAACCAGUGCCUUCACCUCUCCAGCUAGAAAGACCGCCCCCGGAAAGGAGACGACCGCCUAUGGAUCCAACUCGCCCUCAGGAUCGAGACUUGGUUCCUCCACCACUAAUCAGUCCUAAUAAGGAGCCAAUGGCCCCUCCGCCUCGCAGCAGCGAACGUGUCGUGCCAAGAAUGGACAAUGCAAGUCAGAAAUCGGCAAACAGUUCGUUCAACGGAAGUUUCCAAGACCAACCGAACCCGCCACCCACAGGAAGGCUACCGGAUCCCCCCAAACGGGAGCCACUUCCUACACCUUCUGCUCUCAGACCAGGAUCAUCACCAUCUCGUCCGCCGACUCAGACUCCAAAUCCAACUCCAGCAUACCAGCAGGCUACAGUGCCAAGCGAUACCCCUAGUCCUUUACAAGCUUCAGCUCGCAGACCUAGCCCUGCGCCAGUUCCAGACCCCAGUCCUGCAAAAGCUCGAGGUCCCAGUCCGUCGCCAGCUCGAAUACCUAGCCCAGCUCCAGCCCGCGUUCCCAGUCCUGCUCAAGGUCAUACACCGAGCCCCGCACUAGCUCUCUCUCCAGGCUCUGGAGGAGGCUCCUCCGAUGUCUCGCCAAUGACAGUGAGCGUGCCCAGAUUCGCAAAUAUACAGCCGCCAGCUCCUGAGGUUCCCAAGCAGGAAACCCCUCAGCCUGUAGAUGAGCCAUCACCGGGAGAGCGUUCGGUGGAUUAUUCCGACCAAGACUCAAAUGCAUCACCGGCAGAACCAGGUCAAGAAGCAAGACCUGGCCUGGGUCCUAUGAUUAAAGCCAAAAAGUCCAGAAACGAGAUCGCUGGCGCGCUUUGGAAGGCUGCAUCCGCAGCAAAUGCUGCCACAGCCUUCAAACCCAGACCUGGCGGUGCUGCAGAGCGUAUGCGCCUCCUGAAGACCAAGGUAGGAGAGGAGGGACCAGAUGGCAUCAACAGCGUUGUGCCUGCGCCUCCAAGACCAUCUGAGCAACCUACUCCCGAGGAGACGCCCAGAGAAACACCCAAGGCCGAAGAGGACAAACAACUGGAGCAACCUAAACCGGCAGAGCAGCCGAAGUCUGCGAACCGCAAUUCUCUGGUUCCUGAAGUCAAAAUCAGUCUUCCAACGAGCAGGCCAACUAGUAUGCACGGCCCGCCACAGGAAGUGCAGAAGCCAACUGAGCCUGAAAAAGAGAAACCCCGUCGCUCCAUUAAUGCAGGCAACGAUAUGAAGUACCUGCAGUCAUUAGGAGUCAAUCCUUCCAUUCUUGACGAAAGGAGUGAGGACUUCGCUCAAUGGCUGGAUUACUUUGGAUGGGUUCCGGGUGAUCAAAUGCGCGCGCGUAACGUAGAAGAUAUGAGGACUGACUUGGAGCGUGAACUCAACAAAGCCCAAGCCGGUGGCUGGCUGGCUCGUUUCCGCGAAGAGGACGAGCGUGUUGAUGCGAUCAAAGCAGGGCUCGAUGUUGCCAUGGCUGAGUGUGAGGAGUUAGACAAUCUGCUUACACUCUACUCCGUCGAGCUUUCGACCCUUUCGGAAGACAUUGCAUAUAUCGAAGCUCAAGGUCAAGGUCUUCAAGUACAGACCGCUAAUCAGAAGCUACUCAAGAAGGAACUCGAGUCUUUGCUCGAGACUUGCGCUAUCACAUCAAAGGAGCUCGAUGUCCUUAGAUCGGCGCCUCUGGAUGAUAUCCGCGGUCUGCAAGAUGUUGAAUCAUCUCUUGUCACACUUUAUAAGGCUAUGGUCAAGAUUGAUCCUUCUCGCACUAGUGCUGGUCAGGGAGUGGUGGAUGUCACAACAGACCCAAACCAAGGCCAUGGUCUUAACCCCGACUUCAAACAGAUGCGAAUUGUCCAGGAGAAGAAGCAGGUUUACGAUCAAGAAAGUGCCAUGUUCAUUGGUAGAGUCGUCGCUUUUAUGUCUGGACAGUUUAACCAAGCCUUUACAGAAACAAAGCUUGCUAUGGAAGGAGCUUUGGCGAGAAAGGUGGAUUCAACACAUCACGAUCUUGGCCGUGACUCACUUUGGCAAUUCAGCCCUCUUAUGCUCUACGCCCGGGAUAUGCAUGGUGAGGAGUGGAACCAGGUCAUACAAAUCUAUCAGGAUAAGAGUCAGCCUGUAUACCGAACAGAGUUCCAAGCUGUCAUCGCAUACUGGCGUAGGAAUGCCAGGAAGUUGACAGGAGAGGAGGGCGAGCUGCUGUUCACAUCAGCAAUUGAGAACAAACAGGACGGAGGAGGUGUGGCAACCACUGCCAGGAAGCUGACAGUCAAGCGCAGCGGAACUUUGGCCAGAGCCCUCCGAUCCCCUCGAGAAGACGGUGGCAACAAAUCAAAGGUUGAGAAGAAGCCAGACGACAAUAAAGAUGCGCCUUACGAAGUCUUCUCAGGAGUUUUGGAUAACUUACUUCCCUUGAUGCAGAUGGAGCAAAACUUCAUUGUUGACUUCUUCCAUGCAUCGACGCUUGAACAAAUCGAUUUCCCUGAAGCUGUUGCUGCAACGCCACCCUAUGAACGAGCAGGUACUGACCUCAGGCGGCCACGAUUAAUGGAACCCGACAGAGACCUAGCCAGGCGUAUUCUGCGUGCAAUGGAGGUCAUCUUUACUUUCAUGGAGUCAGAACUGCUACGUCUCAUGGAAUGGGUUGUCGGGCAGGAUCCUUUACAAGGUAUUGGCGUGUUGGCGACUCUAGAGAAGUAUAUUGCCGAUGUUGGGCAAUCUAAUCAGGAAUACAUUAACACCCUCCUACAAAAGCUCCACGGCCAUUUGGAAGUUCGGUUCAAGAAGUUUGUCGAUGAACAGCUUCGUGCCAUCGAAGAAACGAAGGUCAAGAUCAGCAAGCGCAAGGGUGUUAUUGCAUUCAUCCGUAUCUUCCCUCACUUCUCUAGUGCUGUUGAGAACAUGCUGGUUGGCGUUGACGGUACGCUAGCAGCUCGAGGCACCAUUGAUCGUGAAUACAACCGUAUACUGAAGACUAUGUAUGACUCGCUGAUGGUCAUCGCACGAGAGAACCCCGCGGCUGGCGUAGCGACCAAUUCUGCGGAUCCAGAGGACAAGGAGGCACUCAAUUUCCAUAUUCUACUGAUUGAGAACAUGAACCAUUUCCUGGAAGAGACGGACACCCGGGGAUUGGAGGUCCUCGAGGAAUGGAAGGACAGGGCCAACACGACGUACUACGAACACAUGAACUUGUAUCUCAGUGCGGUGAUGCGUCGACCACUUGGCAAGGUUUUGGAGCAUCUCGAGAGCAUGGAAGCUCAAUUACAAUCAGGCAAAUCUCCCGCAGCGAUUGCUGCGCAACCCUCGAACAGCAAGACGGUCUUCAACAAGGUUCUCAGCAACUACGAUUCCAAGGAAAUCCGCAAGGGUAUCGAAGCACUACGCAAGCGUGUUGAGAAGCACUUUGGCGACGCUGACGACCCAGCGCUGAGCCGAGGAUUGGUCAUAAAGGUGCUAUCGGAGUGCGAGCAGUUUUACGAAGAAGUUGAGAGACGGGUUGGCGAAGUGACGACCAACAUUUAUGGUGGUGAUGUCGCUUUCGAAUGGCCUCGAGCCGACGUCAAGGCUGCAUUCCGCUAA